AUGUUGCUCCUUGCAUUCUUCACCUUCUUCCUCGUUGCCUUCGGCACCCCUCUCACCGGCGUUGAUCACAAUGGAGUGAUUGCCCGUGAUCAGCCCGAUGACAGCAAGUUCAAGGGUAUCGACUUUUCCAAGGCCUACAACGACUGCAACGCAAGCCAGCUUGCUAUCCUUCAGCGUGCCAGUUUCGUCGCCGUGACUGAGAUGUUGGAUCCAAGUGACGUUGGUUUGGUCGGUCAUGACAAUGAUUUCAUCUUCGGUUGGUUCUUUGGUCAGCCCAAGCGCUGGAAGACGAAGUACAACUCGGACGUUUUCGAUCAGAUCAAGAAAAACCUGAAGUAUCCUUACAACUUUGUCUGGAAGGGCAAACAGCCAGACGGCAACGUGGACGUCACCGAACGCCUCUCCUACACCUGCAGUGAAAGCACCAAGUCCAGCUCUCCUCUAUGCCAACCAGGAACAAAUGCCUACGUUGCCAACCCUUCGCAGAGCAAGGAUGGCAAAUGGACCGUCACCUUCUGCCCUGACUACUGGACUCAGCUGGAAUACGCAGACAAACUGUGGGACAAGUCUAUUGCACCACGUGUGUCACCCAGCCAAUUGAACAUCCGAAGAACAUUUGAGGACGAACUCAUAUGCCAAUACAUGCAGGUCGACAUCAUGGGUUUCCACAACUACUCUUCUGCGGACGAUCCACACCCUCACAUCGGCCAGGAAUGGGCCACCUUGUACGGAACCUACCAAUCAAUCCAGGGAGCAAUGUUGGCAAACAACUUUGCCUACUUGAACCCUGGCACCGUCAACAACAAGACAGCCUCCAACCUGGACAGCUACGCUCUGUUCUUCCUCGCCAAGUGGGUCAAUAAGAAAUAUGGUGGUGUGUGGAACAAUGCCCAGAGCAACUACUGGGACGCUCCUGAUCCAGAUGGAGUUGGUGGUUCGCCGCCUUGA